UUCAAAAAAAAAAAAAAAAAACCAUGGAUCACUUGGUUUGUUUGUAUUCAGAGGUAUUGUGUUGAGAAUUUGUAUGAAGGUCCCCUUGAUGAUCAAUAUGCUACUGCUAUCAGAAAUUGUGAUCCUGAUGGUCCUCUCAUGCUUUAUGUGUCAAAGAUGAUUCCAGCAUCUGAUAAAGGAAGGUUUUUUGCCUUUGGCCGUGUCUUUGCUGGUAAAGUUUCAACAGGUUUGAAGGUCAGAAUUAUGGGACCAAAUUUUGUACCUGGGGAGAAGAAAGAUUUGUAUGUGAAGAGUGUUCAGAGAACUGUCAUUUGGAUGGGAAAGAGGCAGGAGACUGUUGAAGAUGUUCCUUGUGGUAACACAGUUGCUUUGGUUGGUUUGGAUCAAUUUAUCACCAAGAAUGCUACUCUGACAAAUGAGAAGGAAGUCGAUGCACACCCUAUUCGUGCUAUGAAGUUUUCUGUCUCACCUGUUGUGCGUGUUGCUGUUCAGUGCAAGGUUGCUUCAGAUCUUCCUAAGCUUGUUGAAGGUCUCAAGCGUCUUGCUAAGUCAGAUCCUAUGGUUGUUUGUACCAUUGAGGAGUCUGGAGAACACAUUGUUGCUGGUGCAGGAGAGCUUCAUCUAGAAAUCUGUUUGAAGGACUUGCAGGAUGAUUUCAUGGGUGGGGCUGAAAUUGUCAAAUCCGACCCUGUUGUGUCAUUCAGAGAGACUGUUCUUGAGAGGUCAUGCCGCACAGUGAUGAGCAAGUCUCCCAACAAGCACAACCGUUUGUAUAUGGAAGCAAGAUCACUGGAAGAUGGGCUUGCAGAGGCCAUUGAUGAUGGCAAGAUUGGACCAAGGGAUGACCCCAAGAUUCGUUCUAAAAUCUUGUCAGAAGAGUAUGGUUGGGAUAAGGAUCUUGCUAAGAAAAUCUGGUGUUUUGGACCUGAGACCACUGGACCCAACAUGGUGGUUGAUAUGUGUAAGGGAGUUCAGUACUUGAAUGAAAUCAAGGAUUCUGUAGUUGCAGGGUUCCAAUGGGCAUCCAAAGAAGGUGCUUUGUCAGAAGAAAACAUGAGAGGUAUCUGCUUUAAAGUGUGUGAUGUUGUGUUGCACACUGAUGCUAUUCACAGAGGUGGUGGUCAGGUCAUUCCUACUGCCAGGAGAGUCAUCUACGCGUCACAGCUGACAGCCAAACCCAGGCUUCUUGAGCCUGUUUACAUGGUUGAAAUCCAAGCUCCUGAGCAAGCUCUUGGUGGUAUCUACAGUGUUCUUAACCAGAAACGUGGUCACGUGUUUGAAGAAAUGCAGAGGCCUGGUACUCCACUUUACAACAUCAAAGCAUACCUUCCUGUUAUUGAGUCUUUUGGAUUCUCCAGCCAAUUGAGGGCUGCAACAUCUGGGCAGGCUUUCCCUCAGUGUGUGUUUGAUCACUGGGACAUGAUGUCCUCGGAUCCAUUGGAGGCUGGUUCACAAGCUUCAGUACUUGUUACUGAUAUUCGUAAGAGAAAAGGUUUGAAGGAGCAGAUGACCCCACUCUCUGAUUUUGAAGACAAGAUUUAAAUUUAUAACUGUUUUAUUUUUAUCAUGAUUUUAAUCUCUAUAAUACUUUGUUACCCUAGUUUUUAUAGUUCAGUAUCCUGAGUUUUGUUUCUGGCUUUGUUUUGCCAGUGAAUUAUGCUGUGUAUUUCGGAAUAUUAAUGUUUGCAUUGUA